AAAAUGGCUAUUUACACAUGGGUCCAUUAAUAGACGCUGAUGAAGAAAAUGAAUCAGACAACGAGAAAUUAUACGAUGCGUUUAUAAGCUACUCGCAGGAUUAUCAUGAUUUCGUGAUGAAUGUGUUAGUACGCGCACUGGAGAACGGCUCGACGUCAUUCAAGCUGUGCCUUCCUUAUAGAGACUGGUUAACAAGCGAAUGGACAAUGGUAAACAUUGUAAAAUCUCUACAAUUGUCCCAACGAAUGAUAAUGGUGCUGUCGCCAAGCUUUUUGGAGAACAUCUGGAGAAAGACAGAAUUUUGUGUUGCGUUUAGUCAAGCGUUUGAUAAGAAGCAAUCAGACAUGAUAUUAAUCCCGUACGGUAAUAUAGAACCCACUGACGAGAGCUUAGAUUCAGAACUGAAGACGUACAUAUAUUCGAACACUUACAUCAGAUGGGGAGAUGCUUGGUUCUGGAAUGAGUUGAAAAAUCAUUGAAGCAUGAUUUUCAGCUGAGCACAAAUCGCAGUAAAUUUAAAUUUUAAUAUUAUAAUCAGAUUUCAAAUAAAAAAUUUUCUAGUUAAA